AUGUCUUCACCCAUAGCAGCCUUACCCGCACCGGAGGGUUAUAUCGUGAACUUUGAUAACCCGGUAAGAUAUGAAGAUAUAACUGGAUAUUGGGUUUUUGGCGUAGGAACCAUAUUGAGCUUUUCGUUUCUGUGUAUGAGGAUUUACACGAAAGCGGUUGUUUCGAGGAGUUUUGCUGCUGAGGAUGUCUGUUUGAUUUUGGCUUGGCUUGCGGGAGUUAGUGUGCAGGCACUUUUUGUUUUCAUGUGGCUUCAAAAAGCAAUGGGAGUACACGCAUGGGAAAUUCCAAUCGAAAGAUAUCAUUUAUACGGCAAACUGAUUAUGAGCUCGUCAGUCAUCUAUGUGGCCUGUCUCGGAUUAUCCAAAUUUUCGCUCCUGCUCUUCUACAACCGUCUAUCACCAGUUCAAUGGUUUCGAAACGCAGUUUACUUUCUUAUGUUCGUAGUUGUGGGCCAUAGUUUCGCUCUCAUCUUUGCACUGAUAUUCCUUUGCAAACCAUUGGCUAUGAAUUGGGAUUACGAUAUUGUAGAUGGGACAUGUAUUGAUCGCACCGCGAUAUAUAUCGCGACAGCUGCUUUGAACGUCGCUACGGAUAUUGCACUCCUUGUUUUGGUCGUUCCGAUGAUUGUGGAUUUGCAGAUGCCGAGGAUUCAGAAAGUGGGCUUGAUUGUGAUUUUCAUGGUUGGGUCGCUAACUUGUGUAACGAGUAUGAUACGUUUAAAGAUCAUGUUACCUCUUCUCAUGGCGCCGGAUCAGACAUGGGCUGUCUCGGUUCCUUGCAUAUGGAUUAUCGUAGAAGCCAACCUCGUAACCAUCUGCGGCUCCUUCCCCAUCAUUCGGCAAUUCGCCAAACACGUUGCGCCGGGGUGGAUAGGCGAAUCAACAAUCGAUUCCCUGGAGAACUCGGGCUCUCGUCUCUGUGAUCUCGAAACUAUAGGACAGAAAUCGUCGAAGAAGAAGAAGUUCAGAUAUGGAAUCGAGUCAUUGGAUGAUGAUGAUGCUUUUGAUUUGAAGCUGGAUGGGAGGUUUGUGGAACAUAGGGUGGAAAUUACAGCAAUUGGGAGAGCGUUAACGAGGGAGAGAAGUAAUGGGGAUUUGGAGGAUUAUGGGAUUGAACCGCAUGUGAGAUAA